UUAUGUGCGGUUCGCGUAUGAUUUUUGAAGUAUGUAAUUUAUUCUAUUGUGUUUUCACAAUAGUUGUAAACCGGUUUUGGCGGUCAGUAUAUAAAGAAAGUUUGCACGAGAUUUAAUUAUCGAGGUUUGGGCAGUGACCAUUGUCGCACGUUUCUUUUGUAUUGAAGUCUAAUUUCGUUAUGUCUGAUAUCGAGCCUGAUAAACUACCUGAUAUGGAAGGUGUAGAGCUGCCGUGUCAAGCUGAUUCUGAUGAAAUUACAAAUGCUGAUUUGUUGUCGUUGAUGAAAACCUAUUUUACCAGAAAGUUGACGGGAAUUGAGAGAAAUUUUGCAGAUACCACACAUGAUCUUGCACGAAAGGUACAGAAAUCUGAGAGUUCCUUCAAGUUCAAGGGUAAUAAAGUUCAGUUUGACUUAAAUUCUGAUAUGUUAGAUAAUAUUGAUAUUGCUGUAGACUGUAUAGAGCACCGGAGAUAUGAGAAGGCCGUCAAAGUGCUGAAAGAAUCUGGUAAAUCUUUGAAGAAAAGGAAUAAGCUGAUUCGAAUAGCAGAUAAAUCCGAAGGUGGUUGGAAAACUGUAGACGAGUAUUUGUCUGAUGACGUGGCUAGUGACUCAGAGGAUGAGAAGCGCAUUCGGGCGGCUGAUGGCAGAGCAGUGAAGAAAUUGAAAACCGUGAAGCAGGAUAAGCGUCAAAACACAAAGAAAAGACCCGCGGAAUCUGCUGGUGGUCAAUCUAGUAUUGCUCACAAUGGAAAUAAUGGUGGUUUUUCACAGCAACAGCCCUUUCUUGUCGCGGGGGCCUCCGCCCCCAUCACAUCUCGUCGGAACAGAGCUAGGGACAUCUGUUACAACUGUGGUCUGUAUGGACAUUGGGCUAAAGACUGUAAAAAAGGGGAAAAUUCAGCAGCUUCCAGAGGAGCACCAUACUGAGAGAUCUCCAGAUAUUCUUAAGAUUUAUAUUACCACUGGGUAUUGCGUUUUGCUACGGUGUUACUGUGUACACACAUUGGACUGCCUUUUUUGGUCACUGGACCCUCAUCUUAUUGGUCGCUGGAAUAUUAUUAUAGAUUGUAUUAUUAUUUGAC